AUGUCUUCACGUUCCCGUCGUCGUAAGCACGCCAUUUCUCAACUAAAUAUAAUGGUAGUUGGUUUUCGUUCACUUGGCAAGACGUCCUUCAUCCGAAUGCUUUUCGACACGCUCUCCAUCCGUAGAAAUUCAAAAGAAGAGCCGGUUCUUCCUGCUUCUUUAUUCCAAAGCGCUGAAAGUGUGCGGGACGCAGAAGAAGCGCGCACGAAAGAAUUGUAUUCUUUCACUUUGGAUAUUGACGAAGAAGGAGAAAAAAUUUCUUUGACCUUAGUUGAUACCCCCGGAUUUGUAAGGGAUAAUGAACUUAGACUUGAUGUACAGGUUACAGAAGCAUUGAGAUACAUUGAAGCUCAAUUCGAUCACACAUUAGCCGAGGAAACAAAAGUAAAACGUAAUCCAAAAGCUGUAGAUAGUCAAAUUCAUGCUUGUCUGUACUUUAUUGAUAACGCAAAUAACGGUUUAACUGAGAAAGACAUUCGCAUUCUGAAACGGUUGACCGUUCGUGUUAAUGUUAUUCCAAUAAUUGCAAAAGCAGAUUUACUUACCAACACACAACUUGCCAACUUAAAAGAAGCUAUCAAAAAAGAUUUAAAGACACAUGAAAUCCCUGUUUUCGCUUUUCCAGUUGAUGAAGAAGGAGAUGAUGAAAUGGAACCAGAAUUGGCAGAAGAAAUUGCAAAUGCUCAAUCUCAAGUUCCAUUUUCUAUAAUUGCCCCUGAAGAUGCUGCCAUUACGGAUCCAAACACGGGAGAUAGAAUUCGAGGACGUCAAUAUGCUUGGGGAAUAAUUGAUUGUUUGAACCCAAAGCAUUGCGACUUUGUUGUGUUGAGAAAUGUUCUUUUAUCGAGCCAACGAAAACUAUUCAAGGAUAUUACCACGGAGGUGUUCUACGAACAAUAUCGUACUGAACGAUUGAUGGCCAGAAAGGCGAGUAAGAUGAUCACCAAGGAACAGAAGAAGAAACUGAUGGAGGAUUUGUCGGAAAUUUAA